AAAAAUAAAAAAAUAAAUUGAAAGUUAAAAAAAAAAAUAUUUGACCCCACCUUAAAUUGUUGUUUUGUAUUUGUAAAACAUUGUCCUUUCAAAAGUAACAACAACAACACAUCAUCAUCAUGGCAUUUUCACUGAUCAGUCGUGGUUUAUUGCGUACUUCCCGAGAGCUACUGGAACGCAAUAUGGCUGUCGGUGCUGUUACGGUUCUAAAUGGUUUUGUGGAUAUUGAUAUUAAUAACUCCACACACAGCCGUCCUAUAUCUUCUACAAAUUCUGGCUUAAUAAAAUCUACCCCAUUAGCUUUACAAACCAAUCAUCCCACCAAAAAUCAAGCUGGCCAAGCCACACGUAUUUAUAAUAAAAAAGUUCAAAAUUUAUCUAGACAACAGGAAGAUAUUGACAGUGAUUCCGAUUCUGAUGAUGAUUAUGAACGUAAAAGACAAGAAGUUAAACAAAAAUAUAGCCAAAAGGGUGAUUCCGAAUUUUGGCGCCGUAAAAUGCGCACCUUACAUCGCAUUUUGGAUGUUAAUCGUGAUGGUGUGAUCUCAUUUGAUGAUUUUACCUUAUUGCACAAACGUUUCUCCGAUUUGGGUCACUUGACACCAGAAUUAUCCGAUGAAUUCUUGCAAGUAAUGAAACAAACCUGGGAAGAGCAAUUUGGUGAAAUAACCCCCUACAAUCUAGUAACAGCUGAACAAUUCCUAACUGAUCUGCAUCAUCGUUUAAAUGAUGAGAAAAUGUACAAAAGAGUAGGACGUUUCCUGCCCUAUUUGUUCAAGGCUGUUGACUAUGACCAUAGCGGCCACUUAGAUUUAGACCAAUACAAACUAUUCUUCCGCUGUUUGGGCCUGUCCGACGAGGAUGCCGCCAUUUCUUUUGCUGUGAUAGACAUUAACGGUGACGGCCAAGUGUCACUCAAAGAGUUCGUACACCUGGGCCGCCAAUUCUUUGUAACCGAAGAUGAGACAAAAAUUUCUAAAAUGUUUUGGGGUCCCUUAAUUGAUCAUUGACUUGCCGAUUAUGUCCACGAGGCACUUAUAUUAAUGUUGGCCCGUGGCACCUGGCAAGAUAUGCAACGCUGUAUAGCCAUCCUAACUUAUAUAUGCAUAAAUGCAGUCUACGAAAAUUUCCGUGAACAUUUUUGGAGCAAUGAUGAUAAUGUCAAUAAUGAAAAUUUAUUUUUAAGAUUAUUUUUCUAUGUUAAUUCUUUAAUUUUACUAACAGUAUCGUGGCGCAAAUACGACGGUCAUGAGUUUAAGGCGUUUAUUGUUAAACACAUUAGAAGAUAUAAUACACUGCGUAAGAAGGCGAAAAAGAAAAAGAA